AAAGCUAGAAAUUGGAAAUCUGAAAAUCUAACAACCAAAAUCCACAAAUGGAGAAACUCUCAUCUUUCUCCUUAACAUUUCUCAUCCUAAUCUCCAUCACCAUAUCAACAACACAACCAAAUAGCCAAGUGACAUCAUUGCCCCUCUCCACAAACUCAAGAUGGAUAGUGAAUGAGGGAGGGGAAAGGGUAAAACUGGCAUGUGUGAAUUGGGUGACUCAUCUACAACCAGUUGUAGCAGAAGGGCUAAGCAAGCAACCAAUGGAGAUGAUUGCCAGGAAAAUAGUUUCAACGGGAUUCAAUUGUGUUAGGCUCACUUGGCCACUUUUCUUGGUUACUAAUCAAACCGUUGGUUCUCUAACCGUUAGACAGUCAUUUCUAAAUCUUGGUUUGGUUGAAUCCAUUUCUGGUGUUCAAGCUAAUAAUCCUUCUAUUAUUGAUCUUCCUCUCAUCAAGGCUUAUCAGGCAGUGGUGACUAGCCUUGGGGACAACAAUGUGAUGGUGAUACUAGACAAUCAUAUAAGCAAGCCAGGUUGGUGUUGCAGUAGUUUUGACGGCAAUGGUUUUUUUGGCGACGCAUACUUUAACCCAGAUCAAUGGCUCAUUGGGUUAACCCAGAUGGCUACCUUAUUCAAAGGUGUCACUAAUGUGGUUGGCAUGAGCCUGAGGAAUGAGCUUCGAGGCCAGAAACAGAAUGUGAACGAUUGGUACAGGUACAUGGAGAAAGGAGCAGAAGCAGUACAUUCAGCAAACCCUGAUAUUCUUGUAAUUCUAUCAGGACUGAAUUAUGACAAAGACUUCACAUUCCUACGCAAUCGUCCCGUAAACCUCUCGUUCACCGGAAAGGUAGUUUUCGAGGUACACUGGUACGGGUUUUCCGACGGGCAAGCAUGGAGUGGCGGAAACCCGAAUCAAGUUUGCGGAAGAGUGGUCAAUAAUAUGAUGAGAAUGUCAGGAUUUUUACUAGACCAAGGAUGGCCGAUGUUCGUGAGCGAGUUCGGAAUUGACCAACGAGGUACGAAUGUGAACGAUAAUCGGUACUUGGAUUGCUUCAUUGGUGUAGCAGCUGAGCUUGACUGGGACUGGGCAUUGUGGACAUUGGUUGGAAGCUAUUACUUGAGGGAAGGAGUCAUGGGGCUCAAUGAGUAUUAUGGGGUGUUGAAUUGGAAUUGGUGUGAUAUCAGAAAUUCAAGCUUCUUGCAGCAAAUUUCUGCUCUUCAGACUCCUUUUCAAGGGCCAGGUCUAUCAGAAACUAAUCCAUAUAAAGUUAUUUUUCACCCAUCAACCGGUCUCUGUGUCACAAAAAAAUCAUUGCUAGAGCCACUGAGGCUAGGCCCUUGCACUGACUCUGAAGCAUGGAGAUACACACCUCAGAAGACUAUAACCAUCAAGGGCACAUAUUUCUGCUUACAAGCAGACCAAUUGGGCAAACCAACAAAAUUUGGAAUAAUUUGUACAGACUCGAGUUCGAAAUGGGAAUUUAUUUCGGAUUCGAAAAUGCACCUCUCAUCGAAGAUCACGAAUGGCACGACGGUUUGCCUUGACGUAGACGAGAACAAUUCUGUUGUUGUAAAUAGUUGUAAAUGUUUGAGUAGAGAUAGUACAUGUGAACCAGGAAGCCAAUGGUUCAAAUUGGUUAACAGCACAAGAAGUUCAACCACGAGAAAACCUGGUCGAAUCAACUCGGUUUUGGAUUUCCCAGUAAAGAAACUCUUAUGGAAGUUUUUCAGCUUAGCAUAAUUAGUCUAUGAAGCAAUUUGACAGGGGAGCAAACCUGUCUUCAACAAGUUUAUUGAAUAGAAAAAAACCUAAUGUGUACCUAAACAAACAAUUUAAUGGUCAAAAACAUUAUAUUAUAACAGCUUAUA